UCCAGAACAAAUGGACAAGUGCAAAUCUCUCCCAACAUCUGAUGCAGAGGCCUCAUCUUCUACUCGACAGGGUGAGGUCCUUGACUGCAUAGGAGAGUCGAGAUUUCCCUGCAAGAACUUCAUUUCCUUACUUGGCCAAGACUUGCUUCCAGUCAACACUUUCACACAGACCUUCCUACAGAGCAUCCUGCUGAGUGUGGACAGUACUGAUCCAGUGGUUGCCAAUGCUUGGAUGGAAACACUUUUAGAUGUGAUAGAUUUGCUACCCAAGGAAGUGAUAAAAGGAGAGAUUCUAUCUCUGGCUGUGAACAAAGGUCAGAUGUCCCAGCCUGUGCCUUCUCGUCUUCUCUGCUGCAAGUUGUUGGGCAAGAUGUGUGAGAAGUUUGAUGCUUAUGUGAUCAAGAAAGAAGUGCUUCCUGUUGUCUUGUCCCUCUGCCAAGAUGUAGAUUUCGAGGUCCGGGGCUCAAUGUGCGAGCGACUCGAUAUCAUUGCUCAAGGCUUGGGAUUAGAAACCACAAAAAAUUCUAUUCUCCCUGAACUUGUAGAGCUGGCAAAUGACGAGGAGAACUUUGUGCGUCUCACAGCUAUCGAGACUGUGGUGCGGAUGGUGCCCUUCUUGGAUGAUGACACCUGCACACAAAUCAUUAUUCCACUGAUGAAAAAAUUUUGUGAGAAUGCCUUGCAGUUAAAAGACUCUACUCUCCCAGUCAUCACAAAGCAGUCUGGUCAACUUUGUCAUGGAUUAUGGGCCAACUUCAGCCAAGAACAGAAAGAUUGGUUCCUGGGGUUCUUCCGAGGGUCUGCAAAAUUGGGCCUUUCUAGUCAAGAAGCAAAUACAGAUUUCACUCCAAUGCCUGAUCUGUUACCUGAAGUUGACCACAAAGAUCGUUAUCGAGAGUGCAGGUCUGCUUGUGCUUACAAUUUUCCGGCAAUGGUCCUCUUUGUGGGAGCGGAGAGCUUUGAGAAGGAGCUGUACCCGUGUUUUAAAGAGCUGUGUGCAGAUCCCUUUCCCAAUGUCAGGCGCACCAUGGCAUGCAGUUUUUAUGAAAUCUGCAGACUACUUGGUCCCAGUUCCUCACUCCUGCAUUCAGAGCUGGUCCUCUUGCUACGAGACGAUUCCAUUGAGGUGUUGAAAGGACUGGUUCCAAGGCUCAUGGAGAUUCUAAAAGCUGUCUGUGUCGACUCCGAUUUCAAGGAUCUCCGUGAGAAAGAGCUGGUAAAAGCCCUUUUGGCCUGUGAGGAGAGGACCUCAGUGACGACCAACUGGCGCCUUCAUGCAGACUUCCUAUCUCGUCUCUCUUGCCUGCCCUCUUCUCUAUCCUCGGAAGUUGUCUUCACCACAUUUGUACCGCUGCUUUUGCUUAAGAUGCACACUGCGCGUCCUGUGCCUUGCAGAACGGCAGCUGUUUACAGCCUGUUAGUCAUUCUGAGACACACUCCCAGCCUGGAGAGGAGGAAAGGUAUCAUCAACGAACUUAUCGGAGAGCUCUGUUAUGCAAAGAGUUGUCACAAGAGGAUGUUGUUCAUCCGAGUCUGUGAACUGGUGAUGGAACUGUUCUCCAAGAUCUUCUUUAAGAUCCAUUUCUUCCUACCACUGCUCGAUCUUUCUGCCGACCCUGUUCCAAAUAUCCGCCUGCGACUCUGCUCCGUUUUGCCCUCCCUCAAAGGGUUGCUGCAACUACCAAAAGACGGCAGCCUGCUGCAACAAUUGGAAUCUUGUAUCAAGAAACUUAUGACUGGGGAAAAAGAUCUGGAUGUUAUCUUUGCAGUUCGUGAGGCUAUUGAAAAAUUGGAUAAAAUAGAAGUGGCAACUGAUGUGAUCUCCAAGAGAUCCUCGUGUUUUGAAAUAGCACUUGACAGGAAAGACCGCCUCAAAGAAGAUGAAGAACGGCGACAAUUAGAGAAGGAAUUCAGUUCCAAACUCCUGAAGACUAAUGGUGUAUCAAAGCCCUCUACAGGCACCAGUGGCAAAGGAGGAAAAAUACCUAUAUUAAAAAUCCUCAAUGCUUCUUCCAGCCGAGAGAGUACAUCAUCUUCCACGCACACCUGGCCUCGUCAGAAACGUUCUACUGUAUUCCAUGAGGGACUUUCGGGCCAUCUUAGAUCUGCAACAAUGAUGCUUCCUACCUGCGAAAGCACAAAAAGCUCUAGGGAAUCCAGAAGAGAGGACUCAUCCUCUGUAGACAGGAAGCCCUCCAACACAAUCAGGAGGAAGCUCUGUGUGACUCCUCUUCCUUCACCAGAAAUUGUGAGGAAAUCUGUUGCUGCCUCUUUUGUACACAUGGAAAGCAAGAUUCCUACCCACUUUAAGAGAAAGUCUACAAAAGAGAAAACAGAUUCCUAG